CUGCGCUCAGUCUCAGUUGUGGCUGAGCAGGACGCGGCGGAGCUUCAGUGGUGGAGCCGAGGAUCCGGAGCCCGGAGCUGGACUCUUUCAAACUACACCCACCGAACCGACACACUCACUGACGAGCAACCAACUCCUCUCGACGGGUGCGACCCUCCAGGUGGCGAGGAAACUUCAGAAGAUCCACCUGCAUCGAGACUCAAGGUGGGGUGAACGUUGAGAGGAUGUCCAGCCACUUGGCCGUUUCUUUGUGAAUGGAGUAGAGGUGACUUGUGACAAUGCGCUGCCUGGCUGCUCGGGUGAACUACAAGACCCUCAUUGUCAUCUGCUGCCUCUUCACACUCAUCACUGUGUUGCUGUGGAACCGAUGCUCCAGUGAUACCUCGGUGCACUUCCUGCCCCGGGCCGCCCUCGUGGCUCCCAGUCCCAGGGUGGGGGAUGCCAGCAUCAGCAGCCAGCAACACCCUCCCCAGCCCCCAGAGCCCCCGCCUGUUGUUGGGGGCGUCAGCGGCGUCAAGUUUGAUGAAAUUGACUGCCUGAUCAACGACGAAUCCACGAUCAAAGGGCGGCGUGAGGGCGGAGAGAUCUACCUGCCCUUCACCUGGAUGGAGAAGUACUUUGAGGUGUACGGGAAAGUUGUGCAGUACGACGGAUACGACCGCUUUGAGUUCCAGCACAGCUACUCGAAGGUCUACACGCAGCGCGAGCCCUACCACCCCGAUGGCGUCUUCAUGUCAUUUGAGGGUUACAACGUGGAGGUCCGUGACCGCGUCAAGUGCAUAAGUGGAGUGGAAGGCGUGCCUCUCUCAACCCAGUGGGGCCCUCAGGGCUACUUCUACGCCAUCCAGAUUGCCCAGUACGGUCUGAGCCAUUACAGCAAAAACCUGACAGAGCGCCCUCCACACGUGGAGGUCUACGACACCGUGGAGGAGAGAGACAGCCGGGCCAGCACAGCACCCUGGAGUGUGCCGAAAGGUUGUGCUCUCAGCCGUGUCCACGACAAGACCCGAGCUACCUCCGUGCGUCAGUUCAGUGCUCCAGAGUCGUCAGAAGGCGUCUCCCUCCAGCUGGGAAACUCCAAAGACUUCAUCCUCAGCUUGGACAUCAAGUUCACCUCCAACGGCAGCGUGUCGGUGAUCCUGGAAACCACCGAGAAGGGCCCCCCCUUCACCAUUCACUAUGUGACCAACUCGCAGCUCAUCGCCUUCAAGGAUCACGAGAUCACCUACGGGAUCGGGCCGAGAACCGCCUGGAGCACUCUGACCCGGGACCUGCUCACCGACCUGAGGAAGGGCGUCGGCUUGUCCAACACCAAGGCUGUGAAGGCCACUAAGAUCAUGCCCAGACGGGUGGUGCGCUUAGUUCUACAAGGACGCGGCUCCGUCGACAACGUCACCAUCUCCACCACCGCCCACAUGGCCGCCUUCUUUGCUGCCAGCGACUGGCUGGUGCGCAACCAAGACGAGCGAGGCGGCUGGCCCAUCAUGGUCACUCGCAAACUGGGCGAGGGCUUCCGGCCUCUGGAGCCCGGCUGGUACUCGGCCAUGGCCCAGGGCCAGGCCAUGUCCACAUUAGUGAGAGCCUACCUCCUCACAAAGGACCAGGUUUACCUCAACGCUGCCCUCAAGGCAGUCGGACCCUACAAGGUGCCUUCAGCGCAGCACGGGGUCAAAGCUGUGUUCAUGAACAAGUACGACUGGUAUGAGGAGUACCCCACCACGCCCAGUUCCUUUGUCCUGAACGGCUUCAUCUACUCCCUGCUGGGACUCUACGACUUGACUGAGACAGCGGGAGAGAAGGUUGGCAGGGAGGCGGGGCAGCUGUUCAGCCGCGGCAUGGAGUCGCUGAAGGCCAUGCUGCCGCUCUAUGACACGGGGUCGGGAAGCAUCUAUGACCUGCGUCACUUCAUGCUGGGCGCCGCCCCCAACCUGGCGCGCUGGGACUAUCACACUACGCACAUUAACCAGCUGCAGCUGCUGGCGUCCAUAGACAAUGCUCCCGUCUUCAGAGAUGUGGUCAAGCGCUGGAAAAACUACUUAAAAGGGAUUCGCGCCAAGCACAACUAGGCAAAGUGUAGUCCACCAAUGUGAUCCAGCUGAGGGGAAGACUGUGUGUGUGUGAACUGGAUAAUGAAUGUGAGGUGGGUUCUCGCACAUUGUGUGAGUGCGUGUGUGUGUGUGAGUGCGUUCCUGGUUGAGGUUCAACAUGUAACAGAUGAGUUUAAUCAGCUGCAGCUCACAACUCAAAAACGUUCUCAUCUCUGCUGCAGGUUUUAUAUUUUCUGCCGACUGUAGCUCUCCUCCCCUUUUCCUUCAGCGAGUGUUUGUUAUUAUGCACACACCGUGUGUGUGUGUGUGUGUGUGUGUGAUAUACACUAUUAGAGAAAGAAGAGACUCUUCAAAUAGUUAAAACCGAAUCACAUUGAGGUCACAACGGUCUUCGAUAAAUCCACCACUACUUUUUUACCAUUUCACCCCAGAGUUGCAAAGUUUAUUGGAAUAGAUGAACUGUAAAUAACAGAAUAUAUGAUACAUUAUUUGGAGAAUGUUGCCAAAAAAAUAAGGAAUAUCAAUAUUUUAUUAUUUUGGACUAUAAAUCUCAACUUCAUCGUUUUUAUCUCAUAACCUUCGAAUGACGAUUUUUAAGUUUUUUCUCUCUAAGCUUUGAGGUGAGAUUUAUUUUCCCCUCAUCCCUUCACAGGAAAGCUGAACAGUCGAAUGCUUUACUUUUCUGAACCAGUAGCUUCCAGAUCUGUUCUGAAGCACUUUUCUCUAUGAUACACAUAACACACACAUUUGCUUGCUUCGUGAGCUGAACUCGGUUUAAGUAUUUGUGUUUAAUAUAAACUCAACAUCGUGGACCAUGUAUAAUAUUUGAUUGCAACGGCUCGGCCGCCAGCUGUUCACCCACUGCAGACUGUAAAUAUAUGGACGACACAUUUCCACCUACUGUCUAGAAAUGAACCCACAAUAUCCUGGAUACAAAUGCCGAUCAUUUGUAACCAGAGUCUGUAGCAAUCUGGGGAUGGAGCUGCCCCAACAUGAGCGUUCCGAUACAAUUCAUGACGUAUAAUCAAUAAUCUGAAUUACUAAUUUGUCCUAGUUUGUCACGAGUGCUGAAGCCGCUGUAAUCCACCAGUAAAGUUUUAAGACAACAUGCUGUUUGCCACCAUUCUCAGCUGAAACCAAACCCCCACUGAAGUCUGGCUGGUCACAAAGAAUCAUUAAUAAUUCAUGUGGCGUUGAGGAACACGGCUGAAAGUAAUUAGUUCUGCAUCACUUUGAGUUCAGCUCAGUUUGUAAAGCAUAAGUUUCCCAUCUCGGAGAACCUGGCUGUGAAUCCCAACUCAGUCCAGUCAGCUGUGUGUGUGUGUGUGUGUGUGUCUGUGUGCGGUCGCAGCUGAUCACAAAUCACAGUGAUUAAUGAAAAAGAAAGAAGGCGACUGAGAAAUGAAGAUUUGCUGAUUUAAAAGUCUCCCCCCCCCCCCCAUGUUCUUCUCGUUUGCACGGUUUGGAUAAAGCAGGACGGUUCAGAGUCAGAUAUAUUUAACUCCUUCGUGGGCGUAUUCCAAAUUAAGAUCAAUCUUAGGUUUUAUUAUUCAUCAUUUCCAUUUAAACAAGGAAGUAUGGAUGCAGAUGAGUCAGCAGUUUGGAUGAAUGGAGAUCAAUGUGCAUUACAAGACAAAUUCUAAUGGAAAAUUGGAGUAAGAUCCGUUUUAUUUUGAAGCUCCUUCAUCCCAUAAUACAGUUUGAGUUUUUCUCCCACCUAUGAAGAAGCAGCAGGAAGUUAUCUGGUUCAGAAACAUUCACAACAACUGGAAAUUAUCAGAACAUUAAGACGAUGCUGGAUGUGACGUAGAAAUUGUGGAAAUCAAAUGUUUUGUUUACGGCAAAUUAUGACGUUAUCGCCCAAAUCAUGUGCAUCUCGUCUUUCCAAAUUUUCCCAAUCUUUGUCUACAUCUUCUACUUGUCUUCUCAUCCUGAGAUAUUUAGAUUCUGCAUUUUUUAAGUUGUGCGUUCAUUGCGCGGUAGAAACGUCAUCAAAGCACCUGAUCGCUCACUCGCUCUGAGUUUUCCUGACGUUUCCCUGCUGCUGUUCAGUGCUCGUCUGAAAAACAGCUGUAGAGUCAUCUUCCUCUCAAAGUGAGCUGCAGGUGAAGCUAAGUGUAGACGUGUGUGUUGUGUCUCAGAGCAGAGGAAGAGGUGAGCAGCGGAGGCACAGCUGCAUCUCACAGCCAUGUCAGCUCUUAACGUUAAAUUCAACAAAGCCAGGAGAAGUGGAGCCGGGGGGUGAAUUCUUUAUAAACACAAAGAGGCUCUCGUUUCUCUCUCCCUCUCUCUCUCUCUCUCUCUCUCUCUCUCUGGGUGCAUGAACUCAGUGUUUUUAAUCUGAGCGCUGCCCUGCUGACCGCAGCUCGAGGAGAAACCGACUCGCCCAGACACCAACAAUUCACCCGGCUAAUAGGCUGGAGAGGCGGCCGGGCGGCGGGGUCGCUCGUCAGGGAUGAGUCAGCAUCCACCGGCCUCACAUUCACAAACACAACAGAGUGGAGCCCUCGGCUUCAAUGAGGCUUUCAUUGAUCUGCUUUAAAGAUUAUUAAUGAGAAGCAGGAGAAUGUGGCGCCGACGUUCCUCUGAAAAGUGGCGGUGGUGAAUUUUUCUUUGGUCGUUUUCAUAAAACCGGAGGGAAACUUUGAGAUAAACACUAUUUCCCACAGAGUUUGAUUUCAGGUCGUCUUAGUGUGAGAAAUGAAGGAAAAGCUUGUGAUUCAUUCUGAUGAAAAGAGUUGGUUCCUGACUUUAAAGCCGGCACAUUAUGCUUUUGUGUUUUAUGGCUGUUGUGAAUGUAAAAGUUCUGCAAAGUUAAAAAGCUCAAAGUCUUUAUCGGGGGGGGGGGGG